UUGCAAAAGCAUGUGCCGUAUUAGGAUUAGUAUAGAAAAAUGUUUAUUAAAGUUUUUGAGACUUUGAAUAAAUUUAGAUAAAAUCUGUAUUUGUGCUACAAAUGCCCCCGAAAAACAGCAAUGCCAUGGAUUACAGUUUCUUCCAAACGAACUACAUUUAUGUAUUUCACAUUAUUAUUUAUAUUAUAUUUAUUAUAUGUGUUGAAUACAUCCUUAGUUGAUAAACAUGUGAGACCAGUAAAUAUUGGUGGACCCAUGUCUAAUUACAAGAGUGUAUUUCUUCAAUUGGCGGCUUUAUUGGGUUUUAAUUUGGAACAAGGCUACGAGUACCGGAGAUUUCAAAAAAAUGUUACGCCAAUUAAAAAAUUGCCGGAUGCCCUAAUUAUAGGAGUAAAGAAAUGUGGCACAAGAGCUCUACUAGAAUUUUUGCGGCUUCAUCCAGACGUGCGAGCUGCCGGUUCAGAAGUUCAUUUUUUCGAUAAAUAUUAUCAUAUGGGGUUUGAGUGGUACAGAGAAAAAAUGCCACCGACUUUAAAAGGGCAGAUCACUAUGGAAAAGACUCCAUCCUAUUGGGUGACAAAGUCAGCGCCGAAACGCGUGUAUGCUAUGAAUCCCGCGGUAAAGCUUAUUGCUGUGGUCAGAGAUCCUGUUACAAGAGCGAUAAGUGACUAUACACAAUCUGCAAGCAAACGACCAGGUCUACCACCAUUCGAAGAGUUUGCCUUACUAAAUAGUUCUAUUCAAUGGGGUGGAACAUAUUCCAUUGAUGCAUCAUGGCCGCCAGUGAGAUUGGGCAUAUACGCGCGGCCUUAUCGCCGGUGGCUCAGACGCUUCCCCAAGUCUAGGCUUCUACUUGUCAAUGGGGAGAGACUGGUAGCUGAUCCAGCUGCAGAAAUGGUGAGGGUCCAGGAUUUUCUCGGGCUCAAACGUAUAAUUACAGACAAACACUUUUAUUUUAAUUCGACGAAGGGCUUCCCUUGUCUUCUGAAAUCUGAAACAAAGCCGAUUCCACACUGUUUGGGCAAAACUAAGGGAAGAAAUCAUCCACGAAUCAACCAGUCGGUCAUUUACAGACUCAAAGAGUUCUACAAACCACAUAAUGAAAAGUUUUAUCAACUUUCUGGUGUAAAGUUUAGUUGGCCGUAACCACAAUUGAUAACAAUAGAUCCGCAAACUUAAAAAAAGCACUAUUUGAGGAUUAAACGGUAUUCUUUCAUCGACAUUAUACCAAUGUUCUACGUAUGAUAUUUUCAGAUAGGAAAAGUUUAUGAUGAAUGCACUAUGGGUAAGAAUUAUAAUCAUAAACCAUCUUGGCGCGAAUAUCAAAAUUCAAUACAUUGUUGAGGUACCUACGGGGAUUCCGAUAUUUCGCGAUAAUUGUGACUCGACUUCGAGAUGUCUCAACUCAGAAUUUUCACCUAUGAUAGGGUAGUAAGGGAACAUUAUUACUUACUUAUUAUUAGAGUACAUUUUUUUAACAUAGAUACCGAACACUCGUAGGUACUAAGUUUAACUUGAUUAGAUAGAACGAAUAUAAAGCACUUAGACGUCCAUAAUUUGUUGUGACUGUGAUUCACCUAUUUGGUGGCUAUGAAUUAAGUAGAAAUUUCUACAAUACGUAUCAAUUUAAUAGGAUUUUUAUACGAUAAAUAAUUGUAUGCGAAGUGCUUGAACUUACGAAGGCAAAAACUUUACUAGCUUGACCCAGUAACGAAAAACAAAUUUGUGUGGGAACGCCUAUCGUAAAGUAUUUUAUUCAACUUCAAUA